AUGGAAGAGAUUAACCAUUUUAGUCAUAAAAGCCAUCCAUUAAAGCUCCUCGACUCCGAGACGAUUGUAGGUGCUAGUGUCAAUGGUGGUGGGGAGAAAUCAGGAUUGAUUGGUUGUUAUGCAUGUGAAAAACCCAUAUCAGGUGGUUUUGCAUAUGCUUGCAUCCAAUGUCGUUACUUUCUACAUAAAUCAUGUGCACAACUUCCGCUCACUAUCGACGAACCUUCCUUAUAUCAUCAUCAUCUAACACUUACUGAUUUGAAAAAUCUAAAUUCGAGAUCUUGGGAUUGUGAUGUGUGUCGUAUUCAAAAAAAAUCUGAGGUGUUUUCAUAUACUUUUGAAAUGGAUGAUAUAUACAUCUUCGCAGCUUGCAUUGAUUGUUGUGUUACUAGAAUUGCUCUCAAGGCUGAAGCUGAUGCAAUCAAGGAGGAGGCAAAGAAGAAGGUUGAACAUGAAGGCCACCCAAAACACACGUUAAGCCUCAAAUUAAGACCUGCUGCAAUAUUUUGUGAUGCUUGCAAAACUAAGGAUGAAGGCUUAUUCUAUGAGUGUGAUAAUGGUGACUUUUGGAUACACAAGACUUGUGCUUCCUUAGCACCUACUAUCUAUCUACCCCAUCACCCUAAUCACGAACUUGUUCUCAUCUAUUCACUUCCUGAAAAAUUCUUUAAUUUCCUAUAUUAUUGUGAAAUUUGCAAAAAAUACAUCCACCGGAAUGAGUGGUUGUAUCAUUGUGCAAAUUGUAGAUUUUUUGCACAUAUAAAGUGUGCCUUGCAUCCAGAACAUUCUUCAACUCCAAGAGAUGGUCUGAGUACCGUUGAUGAGGAUGAAAACGGUUUGAUGCAUUUUCCCAUGUCAGUCGCGUUUACAGAUCCAUUGAAACUACUACAUUUUGAAAAGAUGACUCGAGAUGAUGAUGAAACAACUAAUAGUAACCAUUGGAGUCAUCCACAUCCAUUAAUCCUUCAUGUUCAACCUCAAACUAACAGCAUGUCUGUUUGUAGUGAUCCAAUAGAGGUAUGCCACGGGUGUGUACGACCCCUCUCCCUUCCAUACUAUACUUGCAAAGAUGGAUGUUCAUUCUCUCUCCACAAAUAUUGCGCCGAGUUACCACUCAAAUUACAACAUCCACUUCACCCCGAUCAUUCGCUUGUUUUGAUAAAUGCAGCGGGACAUUUUAUAAAUCAUAAAUGCAUUGGUUGUUUUAGCUACGGCAACAUGUAUUUGUACAGGUGUGAAACUUGUGAGUUUUACCUUGAUGUCAAUUGUGCAUUUUUACCCAAAACCAUUAAACACAAAUCCCACAAGCAUCCUCUUAUCCAAGUUAUUGAUCCUGAUCCUUCUUGUAACGCAUGCAACAAAUAUAAUGAAGGUAUAAGCUAUAUUUGUAAGCCUUGCCACUUCAUAUUAGAUAUGUAUUGUGCAAUGAGGUCGCCACAUUCCCUUGCUCAUAGAUAUUGCAAAGGGCAUAAAAUCCCACUGAUGUAUCCCCCUAUCAUGGAUCAUCCAGAAGAUUUCUAUUGUGAUAUCUGUGAGAAAGAAAUGCACCCUAAGUUGCCCCUCUAUUAUUGUCACAAAUGCAAAAAUUCUUUUCAUCUUGAUUGCAUUAGUCGAAUCGAUUAUCAAGCAAACAUGUUGUACAAGGGCACAAGAAAUGUUUCCUAUCAUAAACAUCCAUUAACAUUUGUUCGGAGAAAGAAAACGCCCAAGUAUGUGUGUUCUAUUUGUAAUCAAGAUAUUAAUGGUUAUUUGAGCCUCGAAUGUCGGGCAAGAGUCUGUAAUUUCAAUAUUUGUUAUGAAUGUCAUGAAAACUUAUGAAUCCUCAAUCAUG